CUACGAGUUUUCAAGUUGGCAAAAUCUUGGCCAACACUAAAUAUGCUGAUAAAAAUUAUUGGUAACUCUGUGGGAGCUCUGGGCAAUUUGACCCUGGUGCUGGCCAUCAUAGUGUUCAUUUUUGCUGUGGUUGGGAUGCAGCUGUUUGGGAAAAACUACAAGGAAUGUGUCUGCAAAAUUGCAAGUGACUGUGUACUUCCACGCUGGCACAUGCAGGAUUUUUUUCACUCUUUUUUGAUUGUAUUUCGAGUGUUGUGUGGAGAAUGGAUAGAAACAAUGUGGGACUGCAUGCAGGUUGCUGGCCAAGCCAUGUGCCUUACUGUCUUCAUGAUGGUCAUGGUGAUUGGAAACCUAGUGGUCCUGAACCUAUUUUUGGCCUUGCUCUUGAGCUCAUUUAGUGCAGACAACCUUGCCGUGACAGAUGAUGACAAUGAAAUGAAUAAUCUCCAAAUCGCUGUAGCAAGAAUGCAGAAGGGCAUAGAUUAUGUGAAAAGAAAAGCACGCGAAUUCAUACAAAAAGCUUUUGUUAAAAAACAAAAAGCUUUAGAUGAAAUCAAACCACUUGAAGAUCUGAACAACAAAAAUAGCUGUAUUUCUAACCAUACAACCGUGGAACUAAGCAAGGACCAUGACUAUAUUAAAGAUGCGAAUGGAACAACUAGUGGCAUAGGUACAGGUAGCAGUGUGGAAAAAUACAUAAUUGAUGAAAGUGAUUACAUGUCAUUCAUAAACAACCCAAGCCUCACUGUGACAGUGCCGAUUGCUGUGGGUGAAUCUGACUUUGAAAAUCUAAACACAGAGGAAUUUAGUAGUGAAUCAGACCUGGAAGAAAGCAAAGAGAAGUUAAAUUUGUCUAGUUCAUCUGAAGGUAGCACAGUUGAUAUCGGACUUCCUGCAGAAGAGCAACCAGAAGCUGAACCUGAAGAAGCCCAAGAGCCAGAGGCCUGCUUCACAGAAGGCUGUGUACGAAGGUUCAAGUGCUGUCAAGUAAGUAUAGAAGAAGGGAGAGGAAAGCAGUGGUGGAACCUUAGAAAAACUUGCUUCAAGAUUGUUGAACACAACUGGUUUGAGACUUUCAUUGUCUUUAUGAUUCUCCUCAGUAGUGGAGCUCUGGCUUUUGAAGACAUAUAUAUUGAGCAGCGCAAAACUAUCAAGACCAUGCUGGAAUAUGCUGACAAGGUCUUCACUUACAUCUUCAUUCUGGAAAUGCUGCUGAAGUGGGUGGCCUAUGGCUAUCAAACAUACUUUACUAAUGCCUGGUGCUGGCUGGACUUCCUGAUUGUCGAUGUCUCUUUGGUUAGCUUAACAGCAAAUGCAUUGGGUUACUCUGAACUUGGUGCCAUUAAGUCCCUUAGGACACUAAGAGCUUUGAGACCUCUAAGAGCUUUGUCACGAUUUGAAGGCAUGAGGGUGGUUGUGAAUGCCCUUUUAGGAGCAAUUCCAUCCAUCAUGAACGUGCUUCUCGUUUGUCUUAUAUUCUGGCUAAUUUUCAGCAUCAUGGGAGUAAAUCUGUUUGCUGGGAAGUUCUACUACUGUGUUAACACCACAACUGAUGAAAGGUUUGAAGUCGACCAAAUCAACAAUUUUAGUCAGUGCGAGGAACUCAUAAAAAACAAUCAAAGUGCCCGAUGGAAAAACGUGAAAGUAAACUUUGAUAAUGUAGGAUUUGGGUAUCUUUCUUUACUUCAAGUAGCUACAUUUAAAGGCUGGAUGGAUAUUAUGUAUGCAGCUAUUGACUCAAGAGAUGUGUUAGACCAACCCAAGUAUGAAGACAACCUGUACAUGUAUUUGUAUUUUGUCAUCUUUAUAAUUUUUGGGUCUUUUUUCACCCUGAACCUGUUCAUUGGUGUCAUUAUUGAUAACUUCAAUCAGCAAAAAAAGAAGUUUGGAGGUCAAGACAUAUUUAUGACAGAAGAGCAGAAGAAAUACUAUAAUGCAAUGAAAAAACUGGGAUCCAAAAAGCCACAAAAACCUAUACCAAGACCAGGGAACAAAUUCCAAGGCAUGGUCUUUGAUUUUGUGACACAGCAAGUAUUUGACAUCAGCAUCAUGAUUCUUAUUUGUCUUAACAUGGUUACCAUGAUGGUAGAAACGGAUGACCAGAGUAAAGAAAUGGAAAAUAUCUUAUACUGGAUAAACCUGGUGUUCAUUGUCCUUUUCACUGGAGAAUGUGUCCUGAAAUUAAUUUCACUUCGCCAUUACUAUUUCACUAUAGGCUGGAACAUUUUUGAUUUUGUAGUUGUCAUUCUCUCCAUAGUAGGUAUGUUUUUAGCAGAGAUGAUUGAAAAGUACUUUGUGUCCCCCACACUAUUCAGAGUCAUCCGACUUGCCAGAAUCGGUCGAAUCCUGCGUCUCAUUAAAGGCGCUAAGGGAAUCCGCACUCUGCUUUUUGCUCUGAUGAUGUCUCUUCCCGCUCUGUUCAACAUUGGGCUGCUGCUCUUCCUGGUCAUGUUUAUCUAUGCGAUAUUUGGCAUGUCCAACUUUGCCUAUGUUAAGAGGGAAGCUGGUAUAGAUGACAUGUUCAACUUUGAAACGUUUGGCAACAGCAUGAUCUGCCUGUUUCAGAUUACCACGUCUGCUGGCUGGGAUGGUUUGCUAGCCCCAAUUCUUAACAGUGGGGAGCCAGACUGUGACCCUAACAAAGCUCAUCCGGGGAGCUCUGUGAAAGGUGACUGUGGCAACCCUUCCGUUGGGAUUUUCUUCUUUGUCAGCUACAUUAUCAUAUCAUUUCUGGUGGUGGUGAACAUGUACAUUGCUGUGAUUUUGGAGAACUUCGGUGUUGCUACUGAAGAAAGUGCUGAACCUUUGAGCGAGGAUGACUUUGAGAUGUUCUAUGAAGUCUGGGAGAAGUUUGAUCCCGAUGCAACACAAUUCAUGGAAUUUGAGAAAUUAUCUGAUUUUGCAGCAGCACUUGAGCCUCCUCUCCAUCUACCCAAACCAAACAAAGUCCAGCUUAUUGCAAUGGACCUACCCAUGGUAAGCGGUGACAGAAUUCACUGCCUUGACAUCUUGUUUGCUUUCACAAAGCGUGUUUUGGGGGAAAGUGGAGAGAUGGACGCCCUCAGAAUACAGAUGGAAGAUCGGUUUAUGGCAUCCAAUCCUUCAAAAGCUUCCUAUGAACCAAUUACAACCACAUUGAAACGAAAACAGGAGGAGGUAUCUGCUGUCAUUAUUCAGCGGGCUUAUAGACGUCACCUUUUAAAACGAACAGUAAAACAAGCUUCCUUUAUGUAUAACAAAAACAAAACUGAAGGAGGGGCUGGUCAGGGUAUGAAAGAUGAAAUCCUUAUUGACAAGUUAAAUGAAAACUCAUUUACAGAGAAAACCGAUAUAACCGCAUCUACAGCAGUUUGUCCACCUUCUUAUGAUCGUGUAACAAGGUCAGUCAAAGAAAAGCAUGAAAAGGAAGAUAAAGAUGUUCAGAAAUAAAAGCAAAUAGCAACAAAAUCAUCUAUGUGCAAAAUAGUUCAUAGCUUGUAAGGAUCAUGUGUUUGUGUUAACAGGACUCCUGCUGGAGGUCUAUGCCAAACUGACAAUUUUUACAAAUAUACUGUACAUUAAAGGUCAGUGCCUAUUAAAAGACAGUGACCCCUCGUCAGUGACUGUGACUGUGAUAUGAGGAAACAAGCUUGACAGGAGGUUACUGUUCUCACUACCAGCUGACACUGCUGAAGAGGAGAGAAAAAAUGGCUACUCAGACUGUAGGGACCAGUUAAAGGUGUGCAAGCCAAGUAUUUGUGUGUUUAGCAUAAAAUAAUAGGGUAACUGUAUCCACUGUUUGCAUUUCAACUGCCACGUACGUCAUAUUUUUACAAAACCUCUGUUGGUGGAUUCAUCUUAUUUUUAUUCAUAUGUUGUUUAUUAUAUGUGACUAUUUUUGUAAAUGGGGCUUCUGUUGGGGAAGGGGAUGAAGUACACCUUUAGAGGUACAAGGGCCAGGUCUUCUAUUAUACAACUAAUACACACACAGAAAUGAUUUGCAUGAAGGCAUGCUGCACUUAUAGAUCAUGCAUGAAAAUAACAUUAAGUCACAAAGAACAACAGAUUUUUUUAGCACGGUGUUUCUGGAAAGGAAUAAGAGAUUUUGAGGUGCUUAAUUAAUGUAUUCAUGUUGUAUCACGUCCAAAGAAGUCUUGGUAUGCCUGUAAAGUCCCCUGUAGCUCACAAGAACAGUAGA